GCGAUAACGAAAUGUAAUAAUUAUAUUGUUCUGCCGUUGUUGAACCGUAUGGAAGGAUUCUGUUAAUUUUAGUUUGCGUUAAGAUUAUGUCACGCUUCGUAAUGCGAAUUUUUCUAUUCCUUUAACCGGUCUGUCGUGCUACACUGGUUCGUGUUCGGUUUAGUAAUUGUUCUUGAUUUUUUCGCAAAAAUGGACGACCAAGCCUGUCCAAGAUGCAAAACCACCAAAUACCGAAAUCCAUCAUUGAAAAUGAUGGUAAACGUAUGCGGACACACGUUGUGUGAAAGCUGCGUUGACUUGCUAUUCCUUAAGGGAUCUGGAUCUUGCCCUGAAUGCAAAAUUCCAUUAAGGAGAGCAAAUUUCCGGGUGCAGUUGUUCGAAGAUUCAAUGGUAGAGAAGGAAGUGAACAUAAGAAAGAGGGUGCUUCGAGACUUCAAUAAGAGGGAAGAGGAUUUUGCAACAUUACGCGAAUACAAUGAUUACUUAGAGGAUGUUGAAACUAUAAUAUAUAAUUUAGCUAACAACAUUGAUGUCUUAGAAACGCAUAAAAAGAUAGAGCAAUAUAAGAAGGACAAUAAGGAUCAGAUCACAAAGAGUAAAUCCAAACUUGGUAGAUGCGAAUUUGAACUAGAAGAAAUGCUAGAGCUAGAGAAGCAGAAGGAUGAAGAAAGACGAUUGGAAUUAGUUAAACAAGAAAUGGAGGCUAAAAAGAAAAAGAUUCGCGAGAAAGAGGCAUUGAUAGAUGAACUUACAUUCUCAGAAGGGAAUGCAAAAAAUAUUGUGGAAACAUUUGCCUCUUCUAUUCAAGCAUCUAAGAAAGAAACAAAAGCAGCACCUCCUAAGGUUACUCAGUUUAGUACAGGAAUCAAAUUCAGCAACCAAGGAAGUCAGAAUUAUAUGUCAGUGCCAAGGAUGGAAGAAGGACCUUUGUACUCUUAUACUCCUAUUAGGCAAUCAACUGACGGGCCAACACCACCUGGUUGGAGAGAGUUGCAAGCUCGUGGUUAUGUUUCUCAUGUCCGUGGGGAGUCUUCGGCAGAAAGAGCAGGAGGAUUUAAAGCACAUGUUGCUUGUCUAAGGGCCUUACAAGAAGCUAUGGCUGGCUUAUAUCAUAAUCCUUCUCAACACCAAACAGAAUACACAAGUGUAUGACCAUAUAUAUUGUUUUAAUGCCACUGUAACUGUAUCUUUAAUUUUGUACAUAGGCUGACACAUACCAACUGUUCUUGUAAUUGUUACGUACAACUCACACUCUUUGACCAAUUGAUACAAAAGUUAUACAUACCAAGCUAACUAAAUCCAUGUGAUAUGAUCACAUGUAACAGGUACAUGUGCCUUGUAUAUUUAUAUAAUUUUAGUAUGGCAUAUUUUAUAUUAGAAUUACAUUACCAUGAAAAUUAUAUGACUGCAGUACCUGGCCACUCAAUGAAUAUGCGUAAGGAAUAUCAAUUUUCG